AGCCAAAGCCGUGGGCCUUUGGCGGCUUUACCUGGCCUGCAACGGUAAGUUACUGUAUCCAACGAAACUCCCAACUUGUUUCCCCUGUCUUCUAGAUCCUUCCCUCGGUCCACCCCGAAACCACUUUCACGUUUCCCUUUUAUUUUUUUGUUUUCCCACUUCGCUGGAAUUUCCCAUAUAUAGUCACAUUGAUUCUGGAACCUUCUAAACUCUCCAUACCCAUCCUCAACUACCAUUAUUAUUGCCACCCCCACUCGCGAGUGUAUUGGAUUGAGAUCUUAAAAGAAUAUUUUGGCAGAAAAAACUCCCGCGUGGAUCUUUGCUCAUUUGAAAUUCGAUGGCGAAGUUCGGCGAGGGUGACAAGCGGUGGAUCGUGGCUGAGCGCCCCGACGGCACCAACGUGCACAACUGGCACUGGGCCGAGACCAACUGCCUCGAGUGGUCCAGAACCUUUUUCAACAACAGUUUCACCAACGUCGCCGUCGGUGACGGCGAUGCCACUGUCACGAUCAAGAAGGUGGAGAAGCUCGACGGCGAGGCCUAUGUCAACGUCCGCAAGGGGAAGGUGAUCCCCGGGUACGAGAUCAGCGUGAGGCUCGCUUGGGAGGGCGAGGCGCGUGACGCCGACGGAAAGGUUCUGAAGAGAGUCGACGGCGCCGUCGAGAUCCCGUACAUCUCUGACGAGAACGCCGGCGAGGAUCCGGAAAUUAGGGUUUCGGUGAAGGAAAAUGGCGAACUUGGGAUUAAAUUGAUGGAGGUGAUGUUGAAGAAGGGGAAGGUGGUGGUUUUGGAGAAGGUUAGGGUUUGGGUGGAGAGCAUGGCGAAGGGUGGGCCCGUGAAGGACGAGCUCGAAGCGAAGAAGGUGGCUGUUCCUCACAAGAACAACAACAACAAUAACAACAAUAGUAGUAAUGGUGAUAACAAUGUUAAGAAGGAAGAGGUUAAGAAGAAUGAGGGGAAGAAGGGGUUUAAGGUGAUUAGUUUGAUUGAGAAGUUUAAUUGUAGGGCCAGGGAUUUGUUUGAGAUUCUGAUGGAUGAGAAUAGAUGGAGGGGGUUUACGCAGAGCAAUGCAAGGAUAAGCAAGGAGGUUGGAGGAGAGUUUAGUAUUUUUGAUGGGUCGGUGACCGGGAAGAAUUUGGAGUUGGAUGAAGGGAAGCUGAUUGUGCAGGGAUGGAGGUUUGGGAGCUGGCCGGAUGGGAUUGAAUCCAUGGUGAGGAUUGUGUUUGAGGAGCCUGAAGAUGGAGUCACUGUUGUUAAGCUCACACAUAGUGAUGUCCCUGAAGAAGACAGAUAUGGAAAUGCAACUGUGGUGGAGAACACAGAGAGGGGAUGGCGGGAUCUCAUUUUCCAAAGGAUACGGACUGCGUUUGGUUUUGGAAUUUGAGCUUUUCCUCAUACUAUUUAUGUGUUGUACAAUUUUAUUUUUUCUUAAGGAAUUUUGUUUUCUUUUCAGCAAGGAAAGAUUAUUGGAUUGGCAAUUUCUUGUGAAAGACGAAGUGUCUCAUGCUCAAUUUAAUGAUCUUGCUGGCUGUAUCUCUAGUUAGAAAUGUGAUCUGUCAUCAUUUAUCAAUGUGAUCUCAUUGUCCAUGUCAUACUGAAAGGGUUACAAAUUCAGUUGGAGCUAAAUUGCUCCCAUUCCCAUGUUUACUAAAUGAAGACUGUGAUUACGAA